AUGCGCUCCCUCAAACGAACAUCACGCCGCCUCCGGGCCCCCAUCACCGCCUCUCCCUCCUCCUCCCCCCUCCUCCUCCAGCAACAACAACGCCCCAACCCCCGCCGCCCCAUAUCCACGCACCCCUCCGGCUCGCACACCACCACCUCCAUCAACCCAAUCAAAACCCUCCUAAUCGCCAACCGCGGCGAGAUCGCGCUCCGCAUCGCGCGCACCGCCGCAGCCAUGGGCAUCCGCACCACGACCUUAUACACCGACGUCGACGCAACCUCCCAGCACGCCGCCUGCGCAGCCCACUCCCUCGCCCUCGGCGCCCAGCCCUCCGCCUACCUGGACGGCCCGCGCAUCGUGCAGCUGGCCCGCCAGCACGGCAUCCAGGCGCUGCACCCGGGGUACGGGUUCCUGUCGGAGAACCCGGCCUUUGCGCGCGCGUGCGAGGAGGCCGGGAUCGUGUUCGUGGGCCCGCCCGCCACGGCGAUGGCGGAUAUGGGCGACAAGGCGAGGAGCAAGGAGAUCAUGACCGCCGCAGGGGUGCCUUGCGUGCCGGGGUAUCAUGGCGCGGAACAGAGCCCGGGGGAGCUGCGGGCCAGGGCGAGGGAGAUUAAGUAUCCGGUUUUGUUGAAGAGUGUUAAGGGAGGUGGGGGGAAGGGGAUGCGCAUUGUGAGGACGGAUGAGGAGUUUGAGGCGCAGUUGAAGAGUGCGAGGGCGGAGGCGCGCGCGAGUUUUGGGGAUGGUGGGGAGGUUAUGUUGGUGGAGAAGUAUGUUGUGCGGCCGAGGCAUGUGGAGGUGCAGGUGUUUGCGGAUAAGUAUGGGAAUUGCGUGGCGCUGGGUGAGCGGGACUGCAGCGUGCAGAGGCGGCAUCAGAAGAUCGUUGAGGAGAGCCCGGCGCCGUUGCUGGAUGAUGUAACACGGCAUGAUCUUUGGGAGAAGGCGAGGACGGCUGCGCUCGCCGUGGGGUACGUCGGCGCCGGCACCGUCGAGUUCAUCCUGGACAAGGACACGGGCGAGUUCUACUUUAUGGAGAUGAACACACGCCUGCAGGUGGAGCAUCCCGUGAGUGAAAUGGUCACCGGUACGGACCUGGUCGAGUGGCAGUUCCGGGUCGCUGCCGGCGAGCGGUUGCCCCUGACGCAGGACGAGAUCGAGGCGCGCAUUCUCGAGCGCGGCGCCGCCAUCGAGGCUCGCAUCUACGCUGAGAACCCUGAGAAGGGCUUCUUCCCCGACUCGGGCAAGCUGGUGCACCUGGUCACCCCUCCGACAGACCCCGACGUGCGCAUCGACGCCGGGUUUGUCGAAGGCGACACCGUGUCCGAGGCGUACGACGGCAUGAUCGCCAAGCUGAUUGUGCGCGGCCGGGACCGCGAGACGGCCAUUCGCAAGAUGGAGCUCGCGCUGCGCGAGUACGAGGUCGUCGGCCUCAGCACGAAUAUCGAGUUCCUCAAGCGGCUGUGCCGCAGCCAGGCCUUCAUCGAGGGCGACGUCGAGACCGGGUUCAUCGACCUGUGGAAGGACGAGCUGUUCCAGGCGAAACCUACCUCGGACGAGGUAUUUGCGCAGGCAGCGCUGGGCCUGCUCAGCGCGCAGAUCAAGUCACACGUCACUGCCGGGCCCCACGGCGGAACGCUCGGCUUCGGCGAGAAGGGGCUGCAGACCAAGCGCAAGUUUGCCUUCCAGGUGCGGAACGAUGCCGCCCCCGAGGGGGAGAAGCCCGAGGUCGUCCAAGUCGAGGUUUCCCAGCAGGCGAAUGCGCUCUACAGCGUGUCGGUGGCGCGGCACAACAGUGAAACACCCGUCGUUUUUGAGAACGUCGUCUGCGAACCUAGCCUUGCGACCGAUACCAAGACCAAGGUCGCCUCCUUCUUCCCCAUGGCGCGCGUCGAGUCGACCCUAGUGCAGGACCCGGCGGCGCCAGAGAAGUUGACCGUCUUUCAACUGGGGGAGAAGACGGAGCUGACGCUGGUAACGCCGGGUUGGUUUGAGAAGGCGCUGGGGCUGAAGGAAGCUGUUGGCAGCGUUGUGGCGCCCAUGCCGUGCAAGAUUCUGAGGAAUGAGGUGGCCGAGGGACAGGAGGUUGAGAAGGGCGCUCCGCUUGUUGUUAUCGAGUCCAUGAAAAUGGAGACAGUUAUCCGAUCGCCACAAAAGGGCGUGGUCAAGAGGCUGGCGCACAAGGAAGGGGAUAUCUGCAAGGCCGGGACGGUCUUGGUGCUGUUUGAGGAUGUGGAAGGGGCUGAGUCAACUCAAUGA